AUGUUGCGUUCACCAAGUAAAGCAGGUUCUGAUUCUGAUUUAACCAAGGUCCAAUCACCAUCGUGUCCGGCAUGUUUUGCAAAUGCUAGAACCAAGCGCAAACACGAAGACGUAUCCAUUACAAAAGAAGAUUUUAUUGCUUUUAAAAACGAGUUAAUACAGACGUUGACUUCUUGGACAUCAGAUCUAGAUUCCAAACUUGACAAAAUGGAACAUUCUUUAGCACAGUUACAAUCCACAACUUCAGAUUUUGAGAUGUCUUUACAAUUUAUCUCUCAACAGUACGAAGAUAUGCAAGUAAAGAUAAUAAAUCUAGAAAAGCAAUGUAAAGGCAACUACUUAUUCAUAUCUUCGCUAGAAGCCAAAGUUGAAGAUCUGCAAUAUAACAUGAAAAAAAAUAAUUUAGAAAUCCGUAACUUACCUUGUGAGGAUAAUGAGUCUAAUACUGAUUUGAUCCAGAUGAUGAUUAACCUAGCAAGUUCACUCAACUGUACCCUUCAACCAAGUGAUAUACGUCAUAUAUACCGUAUUCCUGGUAAGAAAGGGACAACGAGACCAGUAAUCUUGGAGCUCAAUUCUAUAACAACUAAACACGCAAUCCUCACCUGCGUUAGAGAUUACAAUAAAUCGAAUCAGACGCAAAAACUUAAUUACUCCCACUUUGGAAUAAGUGGAACUCCGAGUCCAGUAUACAUUCAAGAUGACUUGACACUUACCUCUAAGAAGCUUUACUAUAUGGCUCGUCAAUUAAUAAAACAAAAGCUUUAUAAAUUCUGUUGGCUCGCCCAAGGAAAACGACGCCGCAAUUUAGAAGACCCACACAAGAUUACUUUAGCCGUGGAUAGUAUAACAGAAUUAGCUAACACUAUUGAUCAGCUCACUGUUUCUACUACACUAAAUUGUCAGCCUGAAAUAAAUCUCGACUGUGAAGUAAUCAUACUGACCGAGUGCUGGCUAAUGCGAUGUAAAGAUAUUAUCCCCCACAUUUUUGACUAUUCCUGUCAUCUAACUAAAAAUAAUUGUAAUCAAAACGAUGGCAUAGUGAUUUAUGUUAAAAAUUUGGGAAAAUAUACAGUAGAUGAACCAGAUUUUUCUGAUGCUAGUUGUCUGGUAAUAAAAAUAGGCACUGAUAAGGCAAUAAUAUGUAUUUACCGAUCCCCUUCUUUCAAUGACAUAACAAAAUUCCUUAACUCACUUGACGCUCUCUUGUUGACCCUAACCACAUUCAAAUGCAUAGCUAUUGUCGGAGACAUCAACCUGGAUAUUUCCUGUAGCAUAUCCUCCAAUAAAAUUGCAGAUUAUCUGGACCUAUUAGCCUCACAUGGCAUACUUCCAGCUCGUACUCUUUCUACUCGAGACGGCGCCUGCCUCGAUCAUGUACUUCUCAAAACUAAUCUAUCAGCACUCACCAUAGUGAUUGACUCCCUUGUUACCGACCAUAACUCCGUAUUGCUGUGUCUUAAUCUAAAGAAACGUCUCAACCAAUUUAUUAGCACUAUCUCCAAAAUUGAUUACAAAACUUUGGACUGUGAUAGACAGAUUUUCAGUCGAUUUACCAACUUGCCGAUGCUAAUAAAGCAGUAG